UGUAUCUUCAAGUUGUGCCGUACCAUAAAGCCUAUCAGACCUGAAAGCAUGUGAGGUGUUUCACUCCUGGUGGGGACGAUCUCAAGGUGCUGUGCGAUCAGAUCCAUAAUGACGUAACGUCAUCAACCCCCUCCUCUCCCGUUGAACCAUCUUAACAUUUGAAUUCCCACGCAUUACCACCUCUUCGCAGACUUCCCAGACAGCUUUUCCCGUCAUCUAUUUAGAUAUCAAACCAUCAGAACAGCCGCAAUCAUGCCGAUUCCAGUCCCCAAAUCCGACAGCCUCAAGGACCUCUUCAGCCUCAAGGGCAAGGUCGUCGUCGUCACCGGCGCUUCCGGCCCUCGGGGCAUGGGCAUCGAGGCAGCUCGGGGGUGCGCCGAGAUGGGUGCAGAUAUCGCCCUCACUUACUCUUCCCGCAAGGAGGGCGGCGAGAGGAACGCCGAGGAACUGAAGAAGCAGUACGGCAUCCAGGCGAAGGCGUACAAGUGCAAUAUCGGCGACUACGCAGAUGUUGAAAAGGUGGUCAACCAAGUCAUCAACGACUUUGGCAAGAUUGACGCCUUCAUCGCAAAUGCCGGCGCAACCGCCAACAACGGCGUCGUUGACGGCACAGCGGAGGAGUGGGACCAUGUCAUCCAGACAGACCUCAACGGCACGGCGUACUGUGCCAAGGCGGUGGGCCAGCACUUCAGGAAGCAGGGCCACGGCUCCUUCGUCAUCACGGCGUCCAUGUCGGGUCUCGUCGCCAACUUCCCGCAGGAGCAGACGUCGUACAACGUCGCCAAGGCCGGCUGCAUCCACAUGGCCCGCUCGCUCGCGAAUGAGUGGCGCGACUAUGCCCGCGUCAAUUCCAUCUCCCCAGGCUACAUCGACACGGGCCUGUCCGACUUCAUCGACCAGAAGACGCAGGAUCUGUGGAACAGCAUGAUCCCGAUGGGCCGGAACGGGCAGGCCAAGGAGCUCAAAGGCGCAUAUGUCUACCUCGUCAGCGAUGCUAGCACCUACACUACCGGCACGAAUAUUGUCAUCGACGGUGGUUAUACGGCCCGGUAAAUGGAGGUCGGAAUGUCUCGCUCGAUGCCGAGAUGGCUGCCAGGUUAAAAAGGUAUCUACGAUAAUCACCGCGACGCGAUUCUCAGAUGCUCACAGCUGGUCGAACAGAUGCAAUUGGGGGAAAAUAAACAAAACAAAACAAAAGGAGUUGACCUGGGUUCGGGUUCGUCGAGUGGGACGUGAAGUUUGCGUG